AUGUUCUUUGUUACAGUUGCAAUAAUCGCGGAAGUAUACUCCCGAUAUAUCCCAGACUUUCACACAACCCAGCGUCUUCAAGUAGAAAAAGGGCAAUAUGUGGAAAUAGAAUUGGAGCUAUUGAUGGACCCUGACUUACCUGGAGCACCUUGUGCUGAUGAGGAAUAUCUUGAGAUCCGUGAUGGGUAUAAUCAGUCUGGAAAUCUUUUGGGUGUAUUUUGUGGAAGAUACAUUCGUGACGUUACUGUACGAUCCAGUGGACAUAACGUGUGGUUAAGAUUUUCACCUCACCGUAGACACCAGCAAUGGAGCAGUUAUGAGGGAAAAGUACUAAAUGCAACAGGUGAGUAUUUUUAGGUUCAAAUGUUUUGAUUUUCUUAUCGGUAUAAUUUAUUCUGGAUGAUGUGUCUUAUUAUUUUUUUCUAAGUGGGCACGGUAACGAAUCCUGCAAUCUAAUUGGUUCUUAGCGCUGUCCGUAUUUUCCUACCUCUGCCCACGGGCACGGUAACGCUUCCGUCAGUCGCUGAGUACAUCCCCACCUUCGCUGCCAUUAUUCAUAAAUUUAUCUCGUUUUUCCGUCUGAGAGGAAUUUUUACGCAAAGACGUCGGUUACUACCUCAAGCCGAUGAAUAACUCAUUAAUCAUCACUUUUCACUCUCUCAAAUCACUUUGGUUGACAGAAAAAAAUUGGUUUCGAAAUGAAUUUGUAUAUGCAAGAGUGUCAUUAAAUUGGUUGAUAAGCGGCCUAAAAACCGUCUUUAAUUAAUUUUAAUCCUUCACAAAAAGAACCCAGAAAGUUAAAACGUGAGGUAUUUGGUUUCGAUUGAAUUAAUCGAUGGAACUUUUAUUCAUUUAAUAUCUGAAUUCUCUCAAACAAUUUGUUCGUAGUGAAAGGGCGAGCGAAAUUUUCAAUUCUAUAACAAAUACGCUCUUGGUGAGUCUUUCCAAGUCAAUUCAAUUUGGAUAUUUGUACCGUAUAUCGCACAACAGAAACUGAAGUAAUUCAACGAGAAAAAGCCGCAUUCAACCCCCUUGUGUCUAGUUGAAGUGUCUUAUUCGAAUUAAGUUUUUAUGAAGAAAAGACCAGAUUUACACACGCCACAGCAGCAAUUGCAGCAAGCAAACGGGCAAACUCUCACAACUUCAGAAUAAAAAAUUUAAAUUUACUCACAAUUACUCUCCUUGCCAUUUACUUACUGAACAGAGAUAAAUAUUCGUACAGUAAUUAAUCAUCGAUAAGAGUGAAAAAUACUUUCCGUAAGAUCAUUGACAGUUUUUGAAGAAAACAUUGUCGUGACAGUCCUUGCCAAACUAGUUCCGUUGGUGUUUCAAAGGUGCAAAUGCGCUUUUUUUACUUACGCGCUCUCUAAUUGACGGGAGUCAGAUUGUGACAGAUGCUUGUAAAAAUAACGUUUCAAAGUUUGUUGGAAGCCUUUUAAAUGACCUUUAUCAUUACGCAAAUGAAAAUGUUACGUGAAGCUUCUCUCUUUAAUUUGUAUCACCUCUAUUUUAACUACCAUUUACUCGCUCAGAAAUUGUUCAGUUUAUGAAGAUCUUGCUGUAAAUAAAACCCUAUAUCAUUGGGGUUCUUUUGGAAAGAACUUCGUUAAGUUUUCGGAAAAAGAUAAAAAUAUUAUUCACUAGCCUAAGCUGAGUACCGCCCUUGGCCUACUGUCUCAGGCGGUACUCCAGACCUCGGGCACAGUUUAUCCCAAUACGAACCUCCCGGCUGGCGAAUAACAUAUAUUCAUGUUUGUGCUUAGUUCCCACCGACCUAGAAAACGUUGCAAAGACUCAGUUUGUCCUGCUCAACCAUUUGUCAUCUCUGUGGUGCCCGGCGAAAGGUGGACCAGCUCCUCACAUUGUUUGGAGAAAGAAUGACGCUGUUGUGCAAAACAGCACUAGUGUGCGACUUCAAAUUAAUGUCACCGAAGAAGAAAGAAAUACAAAUUACAGUUGCGAAGUGGACGACCAUGGCCAGUUGAAGAGGAAAAACAUCAGUCUUGUUGUCGAGAGUAAGUCUCAAGUUACUUCUUUACUUCAAGGGGAUCUCAGUUGUUGUGUGUGCUUUUGGUAA